AUGGACUUCCAUUCUCCCGCCACACGCAUUGAUCCAUUGCUCGAUGCCUUCUAUAUAUCGGAUUUCAUAUCGGAAGAUGAGGAGACCAGGUUGAUCCAAAAGGUCCAAUCAGCUCCCCUACCACGCUGGACUCAUCUCUCUCAUCGCCGCCUCCAAACGUGGCCAUCAGCACUCACAAAAUCCGACACUCUUCUCUUAUCGCCACUACCACCAUGGUUAACAGAUCCUAUCAUUCACCGUUUUAAUGAUCUGAGCAUCUUUGCUGCCACCCCACAUGGCGCGCCGAAUCAUAUCCUGGUCAACGAGUAUCAGCCAGGACAGGGAAUCAUGCCCCACGAAGACGGCUCGGCCUAUUACCCUCUGGUAGCUACUAUAUGCCUUUUCAUGGGCAGCCGCAAUUUCGUAUCCUCCAGGAACGACGAAGCCUAUUAG